AUGAUUUUUCAAAAGGUAAAAGCAUUGAACAGAUAUGAAGGUGUCGAGCGAAUCAAACCCCAAAUUUCUCCGCUCCCUAACGCUAUCGAGCCAAACCCAAACGUUAACUCAGAAGCACCAGCAGAACACGAAGACAUAAAAGCGAACCACUCUCAACUCUUCGACGUCGAUACCGGAUUCCUAUUUGUUCUUUCUAUUAUUACUUUCAAUCAUCUGAAUUCUUUCGAAUUAUUCGUUUUCGACGCGUGCGUUUCAAUCGACGCAGAUCGCGUUUCGCAAGCUGCAAUGGCGACGUUCGAACUGUACCGCAGGUCGACGAUCGGAAUGUGCCUGACGGAGACGUUAGACGAGAUGGUUCAGAACGGUACUCUCAGCCCGGAGCUUGCGAUUCAGGUUCUGGUCCAGUUUGAUAAGUCCAUGACCGAGGCUCUGGAAACGCAAGUUAAGAGCAAGGUUUCCAUCAAGGGCCAUCUGCAUACUUAUAGAUUUUGUGACAAUGUUUGGACCUUCAUCUUACAAGAUGCAUUGUUUAAGAACGAAGACAGCCAAGAGAAUGUUGGACGGGUUAAAAUAGUGGCGUGUGACUCGAAGUUGCUCACACAAUAA